CCCCGGCUGCCGACGUGGGGAAGGCGGCCGCGGGCUCUUAGGGCCGGGGCGUGGGUCCCGAGCCGGAGGGGGGAUGGGAGGCCUGCGGCUGCUGGCGGUGGCCCUCACCUGCUGCUGGUGGCCGCCGGGCGUCCAGGGUAAGACCUUGCGGGGCAGCUUCAGCAGCGCCGCGGCCCGGGACGCUCAGGGCCAGAGCAUCGGCCACUUCGAAUUCCACGGUGACCGUGCUCUUCUGUGUGUCAGAAUCAACAACAUAGCAGGAGCCGUUGGAAAAGAAGCUAAACUCUACCUGUUCCAAGCCCAGGAAUGGCUAAAGCUGCAGGAAGACGGCCACGGUUAUGGCUGUCGUGAGAAGCUGUCCAAAGCUCAGCUGACAAUGACCAUGAAUCAGACUGAACAUAACCUGACCGUGUCCCAGGUUCCGCACCCACAAACGUGGCACGUGUUUUACGCAGACAAGUACACAUGCCAAGACGACAGUGGGCAUUCUCAGGCGGAAGAUCUCCCAUUUGAAAUGAUCUUACUAAACCCCGAUGCGGAAGGGAAUCCAUUUGAUCAUUUUAGUGCCGGAGAAUCUGGGUUGCAUGAGUUCUUCUUCCUCCUGGUCCUCGUGUACUUUGUGAUCGCUUGCAUUUAUGCUCAGUCGCUGUGGCAGGCUAUUCAGAAAGGAGGACCCAUGCACAUGAUUUUAAAGGUCCUGACGACUGCAUUGCUCUUACAAGCUGCUUCAGCUCUCGCUAAUUACAUCCAUUUCUCCAGUUACUCCAGAGAUGGAAUAGGGAGACCUUUUAUGGGAAGUUUGGCGGAAUUUUUUGACAUCGCUUCCCAAAUUCAAAUGUUGUACCUGCUGCUGAGUCUGUGCAUGGGCUGGACGAUCGUGAGAAUGAAGAAGGCUCAGAGCAGACCUCUCCAGUGGGACUCUACCCCUGCCUCCACUGGCAUCGCUGUGGUCAUUGUCGUAACGCAGAGCAUUUUGCUGCUUUGGGAGCAGUUUGAAGACACCAGUCCUCACAGCUACCACUCACAUCACAACUUAGCAGGGAUCUUGCUCAUUGUUUUAAGAAUUUGCCUCGCACUGUCACUAGGCUGUGGGCUCUACCAGAUCAUCGCAGUGGAGAGAAGCACGCUGAAACGGGAGUUUUACAUCACGUUUGCCAAAGGCUGCAUCUUGUGGUUUUUAUGCCAUCCGGGUCUUGCAUGUAUUUCUGUCAUUUUUAGUGACUACCAAAGAGAUAAGGUCAUGACAGUAGGCGGCAUCCUUUGCCAGGCGGUCUCCAUGGUUCUUCUCUACAGACUGUUUCUGUCCCACAGCCUGUACUGGGAGGUCUCCUCGCUCUCUUCAGUAACACUACCGCUGACCAUAUCGUCCGGGCACAAAAGUCGGCCUCACUUCUGAUACUUGGGUUUCUUUCAAGGAAAAGUGAGUUGAUGUGAGAGUGCAAUAAGGAUCCAGGUGCCGUGACUUUGCUUUCGUGCUUGUGGUGUGGACAGUUGCACAAACGAGGCCGAGCAUGUUCUUUAUCCAGCUGCAUUAAGCAGUAUCCGACUGAAAAAAGGUAACACAGGUUUUGAAAUAUGCUAAUAAACUUUGAAGUAGGAGUGUUGUUAUAAGCUGAUUUAUGCAAUUUCUCUGUGGAAAUGAAGAUGAAAAAGAAUGAUAACGAUAUUUUGGUAAGAGAGUCACCACUUACAAUGCCUCGUCUUCUAUCAAUAGUUAACUCAGGUUUGAUAGUCUUGUACAAAGUGAUCAGUUAAAUGAUUACUUGCUUAUACAUAUCUAACUCCAAUUAGGAAGUCAGUGUAAUACACUGAUUUGAAACUGCUUCUUCUUGUGCUUUGAGGAAAAUGCAUUUCACAUUGGAGUUUAAAGGAAUUGAAAAUGAAAUUACUUCAGAAUGUGAAUAUAAAGCAUAUUUAUGGCUAAAUGAAGCUUUUGUCUGUUUGUGUGUGGGGUUCUCCUCCAUUUUCCUCUAUCGCUUCUGGCUCUAGUUCAGGUUCGAGCUUGAUCAGCAACGGGUUUCUGACAGAUAAUUUAUGAAAAAUAAAACUUAGAUACAUUACAUGAGUUGUUCCUUACCAAGAGUUUUCAGAUGUAAGCACUUAGGUGAAGAGACUAGCAGGGUUAUAUGUUUAAAAAGAAAGAAGGAAAAAGUACUGUGUGAUACGGUACUAAAAUUUUAAUCCUGAUAUAAUUCAUUUCUCUUACAUUGAAUCCCCAGUCAUAAUUAAGCCGUAUACACAGAUUAAAUUAACAGAAGCAUUUCACAUAAACGUUGGUUUCAGUCAUCAACUACCCAUGAAUUCCUGCCCAAGGAUACUUAAUCAGGAUUAAAUUUUCUAUGAAUAAUUGAAAAACAAAAUACUCACUGGAUUUGCUAUAAUCCGUGUUGGCACCGGAUUCUAAGUAGUUGCCAUCUUGAAUCCUCUGUAAUAAAGCCAUAUUUUUUUGUGUAUGUGAUGCCCCAGUGUUGAGUAUGCGAGCUGCAAACACUCCAUCAAGUGCCUGUUUAAAGAACUGCUACGUGGCUGUCAGUACCAGCUGUGUAGGAUGCGUGUUCCCAUUAGUAGUCACUGCUUGGAAGCGAGUCAGCUGCUGCGUGCCGUGUCGUUCAGACCUUUUCAUUUUCACAUCUGGCUCACUUUAUAGAAAAUAUUCUUUACGUUCAAAGGUAUUACAUUUUUAAGCAAGAAAUGGUGCACUGAUCUGGUAAUUAAAGUUUUUAAUUAAGGUGGUAACGUAGCAUAACUUUAAUAUAUCUGCGGCUUCGUCUUUGUUUUUACCUCACACCUCGUCUCACUGGGAACGAACGCUGUUCUGUUCCAGCGUAGAGGCAAGACGCACGGGUUCCCGAGCAGCAGGCCCCUUAAACCGUUUUCCCAGCAGUUCUCUGUAAACUGUUCCAUAAACGGGGGCUGCGGGUUACCGCCAGAAAGUCUCAAGUAUAUUUUAGGUUCACAUGACCUGCUGUAAACCUGAAGGUCAUGGCCUUGCCCGUGAGCCCCUCUCGCUCCAAACCCCAGUCGCUGUCUGUCACAUUCAACUGAGGUGCAGUUAAUGGAGCUGGACUAAAAGGUGAAGCCUUUUCAUAGAUGUUGUGAACUUGCAACCGGAGAAAGGGAGUAACUUUUCUGUUACUUAUGCACAGAUCGUAGAAACUGUAACCUGAAUAUAUGAAAUGUGCUACUGUGCUUGCAUCUGUGAAACUUUAACAGGUCUUUUUUUUUACUUUAAUUAUCUUCUAAUUUAUGGUUGGAUUUGUUGAUAAUUUAUUUUGUUAUUCAAGAGCCAUUGUUAAAUGAAGGAAAGCAAUUGUUAAUAACUAACAUACAACAUACAAGACACUGUCAAUAAACUCAGUGAUCAGAGCUCAGAAUUUACCGUCCGUCCGUCACGGUGCAGCCUUGCUCUUCUCGGGCGGGAUGUUUACGAGGAGAUCUGUCCGCGCCGAGCGUGGACGGAUGGACUGCAGACUCUCCUUAAGGAUCAAAACUGUUCUACUUUCUUUGUCAGAUCAUGCUUUCUUAAAAUCUGUGCUGACUUUUUUUUCUUAAAGAAGAUGAGUAGUCUGUCCAGAGCUGUUGGGUUUUUUUUUUUUCAGAAGCGUUUUAUUUCUUCCUUUAGGAGGAUAUAGAAGAUACUUUUAUUGACACGUGUAAUAACAUUAGCCCCGACUUAGCUGAAUGUCUGCGCGCGUCAGGCCCCGUCCCCUCGUCACUGAGCCCGCGCUGGCUCCCCUUCAGCUGCGUCUGAGAGAGAAUAAAUGAGUUCUCCAAAGGA